AUGGCCAGGCAAAACGAGCAAGCGAACGGAAACCGCUUUCCGACACCCCCGUCCUCACGUCACUUCGCCACUGCCGAAGCCUCGAACAUAAAAGCCUUCGCAGCCGUCUGCUCCCAAGAGGCUACGGCAGAAGAGUACCCGCUCGCCGCAACGAUCCAGAGGAACGUGCCCGUCUAUGACCUCCCCGCCUAUUCCAGCCUCACGGAGGCGCAACGCAGCGCUCUCCAAGACGAGUGGUACCGCGUCCUGAUCUCGGGGCCGGGCGUAUUCGUCACCAAAGGGCUCUACCGCGACAGGCGGCUGAUCGAGGCGGCCAACGCAGCCUUCGCCUCCGUCAUCGAGCAGGAAAGGGAGUCGGGGGCCGCAAAGGGCGACCACUUCGCCAGCGCCGGCAAAAACGACCGCAUCUGGAACUCCUUCAGCAAGCACGGCCUCGCCGACCCUGCGUCCUUUGUCGAGUACUACUCGAACCCGUACCUCGGACUGAUCUCCGGCGCGUGGCUCGGGCAGGGCUACCGCAUCACCGCGCAGGUCAACAACACCAAGCCGGACGCCUCCCCGCAGGUCUGCCACCGGGACUACCACGUCGGCUUCCAGACUGCCGAGGCGGCUGCCCAGAUCCCGCGCGCCAUGCAGGUUGCGAGCCAGCUCCUCACGCUCCAGGGCGCCGUGGCCCACUCGGACGUGCCCCUCGAGAGCGGGCCUACGCGGGUGUUGCCGUUCAGCCAGACGUUCGAGCCCGGCUACGUGGCCUACAGGAGACCGGAGUUCAACGCCUUCUUCUUGGAAAACUACGUCUCUUUGCCGCUGGAGGUCGGCGACGGGCUGUUCUUCAACCCCGCGCUGUUCCACGCGGCCGGCGAGAACAAGACGGCGGACGUGUACCGGAUGGCGAACCUGCUGCAGAUCAGCAGCCCGUUCGGCAAGCCGAUGGAGUCGGUCGAUGCCGUUCCGCUCAUCGAGAAGUGCUGGGACCAUCUCGUGACGCUGUACGAGGCUCGGGGUCUGGAUGACGAGGUGAAGGCGUUUGUCGCGGCUGUGGCCGAGGGAUACCCGUUCCCAACCAACUUGGACUCUAACCCGCCACGGAAUGAAGGCAUGGCGCCGGAGUCGGAACAAGAUAACAUCACAAAGAGUUUGACGGAGAACCGAACCAAGGAGGAAGCCGUAGAGGCGCUCAAGAAGUUUGUCGCUAGAUCCGUGGCAUGA